UCUUCAAAACCUAAUACCAGUUUCGGAAGGAUCGGACACAUAUCCUGUGUGUGGCAGCCGUUCAGGCGAGUCCGAGCAACGGAGGUUUGAUGAACACGUGAUAUCUAGGAAAUUAGGUUAAAAGUGUGUGGUAAUGGUGAAAUCAAAGCAAAGACAGCUCGGAUUGAAGCAUUCAAACAAAAAAAAUGCUCGAGGUGGCCGCUUAGGCUUUUCAUAUCCCAACUUUGAAUUGGAUCUGCUUGGAGAAGAUGGUUGGGUCGUAGUUAAAAAGCAGAGAGUCACCAUUCUUAUACCUCCAUUACCUUCCUCUAAGAAAUCAAAAAUGGCAAACCAAGGACCUGGUCAAUUACAAGGCCAGAAAAAGGAGGAUGUUCAAAAGUUUCCUAAAUCCACUCCAUUGGCUCAUAAAAUGGGUAUGGAAAUUGCUAGACAACAAAUUUCAACUUCACCCACGUUUCCAGCUCUGGGUCCUGGAGUGGAGGAACCAAAGAAACCUGGUGGAGUGGUUGCUUUGAAAUCUCAUAAUAAAAUUCUCAAGAGUGUAAGAUCAAUGCAUUGUCCUAAUGCUGCUUUUUCAGGGAGCAUGAUACUGAAUCGAAGGCUAAGGGUUUCAAAUCUUGAGAGAAAGCUUCAACAAGCUGGUGGCCUUACCAGGUGGUUGAAAUCACUAGGAUUAGAUCAGUUUGUAAGGAUAUUUCAAGCAAAAAGUAUCAAUAAAUUCCAGUUAGUGAAUCUAAAUAUGCAAAAGCUAAAGGAUAUGGGUGCAGAUGCAGUAGGUCCAAGGAGAAAACUGAUUCAUGCUAUUGACUGUGUUUGUCAGCCGCUUUGUUUCAAGGCCUGAAUCUAGUUGCCUUGCAAUUUGCUGGAUUAGAAUGUAGAUAUUGAACAAUAGAAUAUGUAUCCUUUAUGAACAAGGACUAUAUUGAACAAUACAGUUGAUUUCCACA